AUGAUUCAUUCAAGAACAGACGAAUUUGUGAAUAUAAAAAUAAUUUCAUUCUUUAACCAUCUAUUUUUAAUUCUUUUCAUUUUCUUUUUCUUUUUGUCUUCAUUGCAAAUUUCUUUUUCAACAUCAUUCUUUUGUUCUUGCUUUCUUUCUUUUUGUUUCACACUGCUUUAUUUCUUUGCCUUCUGCUUUCAUCUCAAAUUUCUUUCUUCUGUUUUUUAUUUUCUUAUUCUUUUGCUUAUUUUUUUCUCUCUGUCUUCCUCUAAAAUUUCCUUCUAUUUCAAUAUCUUUUUCUUUCUAUUUUCUUUUUCUUUCAUUCACUCUUUAUUUGUUUGCCUUUUGUCUUUUUCUCAAAUUUAUUCCUUUUUUCACUACUUUUCUUCUUUUGUAAUUUCUUUCAUUUUCCUGUCUUUUCUUCUUUAUCACAGUUUGUUUUUUUUUUUUUACAUUCUUUGUUUUUCCACAUACUGUCUUCCUCUUAAAUUUCUUUAUUUUUCACCAUCUUUCUUUCUACUUUCAUUUCUUAUAUUUUCUUUUUUUUGUUUUCUGUCUUUCUUCCAAAUUUCUUUUCUUUCUUUCUUUCACUUGAUCAUAUACUCUUUUUUCUUUGACUUGUUUGUAUAUUCUGAUUCAUUCUUUCUUUCCUUCAUAUAUUAUCUUUUCUUUCUUUUCACCAUUUUUUUCUUCUUUCUUUCUUUCAUAUACUAUCUUUUACUCUUCAUUACUUUUUCAGAUGUCUAUAUAAACUCAGUCUUUCUUUCAUUCACUCUUUCUUUCACUCUUUCACUCACUUGUCCAUAUACUCUCAUUCUUUCUUUCUUGUACAUAUACACUGCCUUUCCUUUUUCACUUUUUCUUUCUCUCACUUGUCAUACUCAGAUUCAUUCUUUAUUUCUUACACUUCACUGUAUACUCUCAUUCUUUUUGCUUCCUCUCUUUCGUUUGCUUGGAUUUUCUUUUUUCAUUAUUUAUUUUGUCUUUCUUUCUUUCACAUUAUUUUUUUGUCUUGUUUUCAUCCUUAUUCUUAAUUUCUUCUUCAUCACAUAUCUUUUUCGAACAUCAUCAGAGGAAUGGUGCACAAUUUGA